UUACCGAGAUAAGGAUGAGAAGGGCCACAGAAAACACAUGGGCUAGGCUGAAAGAUGUAAAACCGCGAUAACUGCGCGAAUUGGUUUUUCGGCGAGCAGCAGCUGGUGGGCUCUUUAAAAACGCCGGGCGCGCCGAGGCGCCGGGCUGGAAGCUUGGGGAUGACGUUUUGUCGGUUCCCGGGGGGGCUCCUGCUUGGGUUAGCUUCAAUAAACCCGUGGGGUCGCGCUGGGGCCCCGCCAGGUCACUGCGAGCCAAGUGAAAACGGCCCGGAUCAGGGUCCCAAUCGCCCAAAAGCCUCAAGUCAUUGGCCGGCUGCGGCUUCUGCGGCAGCGGAGCGCUUGGAGUUUCCUGAAAUUGCCUCUCACUCGGCCGUCAAGAUUCUGUUUGCCUGCAGGUCGGUUAACGUUGUCUCCCUCGGAAUGCCUCUCAUGGGGCGAGGCUGGUUCGAUUCCCCUCACGCGGAUGGACCUUCCUCACUCACUCCCGUCUCCGGUGUGAGGCCGAUAAUGCUGUGGCCGCCGAGACGCGGGGUAGCACACUCGAACGACGCCGGAUUUCCAGGCGGGUGACCACUCUCCGUUCUUUGUCGAGAGAAGAUGCGGUUCU